AUGGGAAGUGUCAAAAAUGACACCUGGAAACUAUAUACCGACGGAGCCGCUAGCUCCAAUGGUUGCGGAGCCGGACUUAUGUUAAUCAGCCCGGAAGAGAAAGAAUUCACCUAUGCACUCAGGUUCGAAUUCAAAGUAACCAAUAAUGAAGCUAAAUACGAGGCGCUGUUGGCAGUGCUUCGUAUCGCAAGGGAUAUGAGGAUACGGAACAUCCAGGUAUAUGUUAACUCCCAACUAGUGGCGUACCAAGUGAAAGGGACAUACGAGGCAAAACAAGGUACCACGAAGCUAUACCUACAAAAGGUACAUGAGUUAAUAGAAUACUUUAGCCACUUCGAAAUAGAGCAUAUAAGAAGAAAUCAGAAAAAAAAGGCAGACGCCCUGAGCAAGUUGGUAUCUCUUACGUUCGGGCAUCUGGGAAAACAAGUGCUAGUGGAAGUUCUGAAAGCAAGGUUAAUUGGAGAAAAACAGAUAUCAGAUCUCGUAGAAGAGGAGGGCAAAACAUGGAUGACCCCCAUCUACGAAAACCUUGUAAGUGGGAUACUUCCGGCCGAUAGGAGUGAGGCUCGCAAGAUAAGGGUCAAAGCCCCGCAAUAUAAGAUACUCGAUAAAAAGCUGUACAAAAAAGGUUUUGUUACACCUUGGCUUCGUUGUGUAGGGCCUAAGCAAGCAGAGAUGAUCAUCCGCGAGAUACAUGAGGGAAUUUGCGGUGCCCAUUCAGGAGCAAGAUCUUGGGGAAUCGACCUCGUGGGACCCCUUCCCAAAGGUCAGAACAAAAAGAAAUUCCUGGUCGUAGCCAUUGAUUACUUCACUAAAUGGGUAGAAGCAAAGCCACUUGCCACAACAAACAGGGAUCAGAUAAAAAAAUUCAUAAAACAAUCGUUCACAUCUGUAUAUCAUCCCCAAGGAAAUGUGCAAGUAGAGGUGACCAACAGGGAAAUAAUAAAAGGUAUAGAGAAGAGACUCGGACGAAGUCAUAAAGGAUGGAUAGAUGAACUACCAUCGGUCCUUUGGGCCAAUAGAACAAAACCCAAAAGAAGCAAUGGGGAAACCCCCUUCAGUUUAGCGUAUGGGAUGGAGGCUGUAGCACCUGCAGAGUUCCAAGUCUCCACAUAUAGGACACUGAAUACCGAAGGAAACUCGAAAGAAUUGAGGGUUGACCUCGACCUAUUGGAGGAAUGA